CAACCAGAGCGUCUCCUCCUCCUCACACACACCCGCACUGCGUUUCUGAGAGCCCGGCUCCGCGGCUCCACCGCACCCGGCUGGACCGAUACACCCGUCCCCAGUCCGGACACACACACGCGCGCGGGCGGAGGCGCGCCUCAGAGCAGCGGGACCACAAAUGCUCGAGUCCCGCGGCAGGUGCCCCCAGACCCGGAGGGGAGGGAGUCCGGUAGCGGCGCAGCGAUGAUGGGACGCUUGUUUCCGGGAGGAGGCAGCUGGAGUUUCUGCGUGUUUUUGCUCCUCGGGUUGCAGGUGCCGGCCACGCUCGCGCGAGAACAUGGGGCGGAGUCAUCUGCAACGCAGAGGAGCAGGGAAAGGAGGACGGGGAGAGGUGGCGAGCUCAUUUCUAACAGCAGAGCAG